GAUCAACAAAAAUGAACCACUUGGGAAAGAGCACGACUGCACUUUAAAAACGAGACAAUCAGGAGCAGCUGUGGAGGCUGGAGAGUGGUGUUUACAUUUUUAGGAACCGGGUUUUCCUGACAAAUUUUUGAUGGGAAUUUGAGUUUUUUUAAAGUCAACUUUGGACGCAAUUUCAAUGACGAAGUACUUGCUAUUCUUGAUUUUGCUCGCGACGCCCACGACCUUCUGCAACGAGGAUUACUACGAACUCUUGGGUGUCAACAAAGAUGCGGACAACCGAGAAAUCCGCAAGGCUUUCAAAAAGCUCGCCGUCAGCAUGCAUCCGGACAAAAAUAAGGAUGACAAGGAUGCCCACGACAAGUUUGUGAAAAUUGCCAGGGCUUACGAAACCCUCAAGGACCCUGAUCUGAGGAAGCACUAUGAUCUCUAUGGGGAGGACAACCAGAAUAAAAAUCAUCAGAGCUACCAAUCCUGGAGUUACUACAGAGACAAUUUUGGAAUCUAUGACGAUGAUCCUGAAAUCGUUACUCUUACUAGAGCAGAAUUUGAGCAAAGUGUUGAGAAUGGAGAGGACAUUUGGUUUAUCAAUUUUUACUCUGCAAUGUGCAGUCAUUGUCAUCAGCUUGCACCGACGUGGAGGAAAUUUGCCCAAAGAAUGCAAGGAGUGAUUCGAGUCGGAGCUGUCAAUUGUGAGGAUGACUGGGUUUUGUGCCGCAACCAGUUCAUCCAGUCCUAUCCCAGCCUAGUGUAUUACCCUAAUGGAGAAAAAUUCCGAGGCGAUCGCUCCGAGGAUGGUCUAGUCGAGUACGUCCUGAGUCGUUUGGACGUUGAGGUCAGAGAAGUGUCUCCCAGCACAUGGCCAUCCUAUGAAAAUGAGCCACGGCUCUUAUUCUUUAGUGAUUUCUCAGGUGACGGACCUAGUGAAGAAACUCGAAUAAAAGUUGCCGCUAUGCUUGAUGGCCUGAUGAUGGUUUCCCAUGUUGACUGCGAAAAGUUUGAGAACUUCUGUGAAAAAAUGGGCGCCUCAUCUGGGACAGCUGUGUGGCCGACAAAGUCCGACUUAAAUCCUGUCUUUCUGCCUGGGCUUGAAGCGCAGGAAAUUUUAAACCAAGUCCUGUCGCAAUUGCCUGAGCCUGCACUCAUCAGUCUGCAGGACUUUGAAGAGCUUCGGGGGAGGCUAGAAGAGGGAGCCUCCGAGCCGUGGUUGCUUUAUUUCCACAUUGGUGAAAUGGAGAGUGCCAGGCUUGAUCUGAGAAAAUUUCCUGCAAAGCUUCCAGGCAUGAGAAUCGGAAGAGUUAACUGUGGGCAGAGUCACCACUUGUGCUCUAAUUUGCACAUCCACAGGUAUCCAGUUUAUGGCAUUUUCAAGCAAGGAGGGUCUUACGAGCUCUACCACGGUCGCUCCUCUGCCUCUGACGUUGCUCAAUUUGCUCGUCAAAGUUCCAAAGCUCAAUAUGUGACCACCCUCACCCCUGAUGAGUUUGGGGCAUCAGCUCCCCUCAGUUCGACACCUAUGCUAGUUGACUUUUUUGCACCAUGGUGUCCGCCCUGUAUGCGCCUACUGCCUGAACUUCGACAGGCAAGUCAAAUUCUGGGUCCCACCGUUCCUGUAGGCACCGUCGACUGCACAGUCCACGCCGGUCUCUGCAGACAGAUGGGGGUCAACUCGUAUCCAACUACGAGGCUGUACAAUGGCUCCAGGGUUGAUCACUUCUCGGGAGAGCACAAAGCCAACAGCAUUGUUGAGUUUCUGCAGGAUUUGAUGUCUCCUGUUGUCCAAGAACUGGACUCGGAAACUUUUUACGAGACUCUCGGCAAGAAAAAUGAGGGAGAGAUGUGGCUGGUUGAUUAUUUUGCUCCAUGGUGUGGUCCCUGUCAGCAACUGGCACCACAGUGGCGAAAAUUAGCAAAAAUGCUUUCUGAUUUGACUAUGAUUAAAAUUGCUUCUGUAAACUGCGAAAAGCAUUCAGAUCUGUGCUCCCAGCAUGGUAUCCGCUCUUAUCCUUCCAUCAGACUGUAUCCCCUUGGAUCUAGGGGACUUUCACAAGUGGCCUUGUAUAGCGGCUAUCACAGAGACGCCCACACCCUUAGACAAUGGGUGAUGGACUUUGUUCCAAGCAUAGUUGAGGACCUUGAUGAAAGGUCUUUCAAUAAAAUUGUCCGAGGCAGCUCAAAACCUUGGGUGAUUGAUUUCUACGCUCCAUGGUGUGGACACUGCACUGUUUUUGCUCCGGAGUUUGACCUCGCUGCCAGGAAAUUGGAGACAACGGGAGUUUCUAGUGGCAAAGUGGAUUGCCAAGAUCACCAACCUUUUUGUCAGCAUCUUGGCGUCAGAGCCUAUCCAACAGUUAGGCUGUUUCUGCCAGACGAACGGGGAGACGGAAUUGAACUUUCAAGUAGAUCUGCUGAUGAUUUGGUGCAGGUUGUCAAAUCGAUGUGGACUUCAGGAACACAAAAUCAGCAUGACGAGCUGUGAUGCUAAUCUCGCAAGACUUCGAAUCUUUAAUAUCUUCUAACGACCGGCACAUUAUCAAAUUGAUCUGACCCUCUCAUUCAAAUGCAGCAGUAUUUAUGUGCCAAUUUUAAUUUGGCGUAAAGACUAAAAUAUUUAAUUUAGAAAUUACAAUUUUUAUAUUAGAAUAAUCCUUAACUCUUCAUACCUAGUAACUUGCCAAAAAUGUAUUUUGUGUUCCUAAUCUACACCCUGCUGUUGCACAGCUUAAUUUUCUCAUUUGUGAAUAAACUGAAGUCUAUUAAAUAAAAAAUUGAAAUCUAAAUGCUUGUAAUA